AUGCCUAGCCUGGUAGUCCCAGGGAUAAUGGAAAGGAACGGGGGUUUCGGCGAUUUAGGCUGUUUCGGUGGGAGCGGCAAAGACAGAGCGCUGCUUGAGGAUGACCGGGCGCUGCAGCUCGCCCUGGACCAGCUCUGCCUGCUGGGGCUAGGCGAGCCUUCCUCCUCCUCCUCCUCCUCGGCCGUGGUGCUGGUGGAGGACAGCAACAACAACAACAAUAACCCGCCGCCGCCGCCGCCGCAGCAGCCCCCGCCGCCGCCGCCGCCGCCGCAGCAGCCGCCGCCGCCGCCGCCGCCGCCGCCCCCGGCGGCCCCGAAGGGCUCGGCGGCGCCCAGCGCCGGGGCGGCGGAGCCCAAGUUGUGCGCGCUCUACAAGGAGGCCGAGCUGCGGCUCAAGAGCAGCUCCAACACCACCGAGUGCGUCCCGGUGCCCAGCUCCGAGCACGUGGCCGAGAUCGUGGGACGGCAAGGCUGCAAGAUCAAAGCCCUGCGGGCAAAGACCAACACCUACAUCAAGACCCCGGUGCGAGGGGAGGAGCCGGUCUUCAUGGUGACGGGGCGGCGGGAGGACGUGGCCAUGGCCCGGCGGGAGAUCAUCUCGGCGGCCGAGCACUUCUCCAUGAUCAGGGCCUCGCGCAACAAGGCGGGCACCACCUUCGGCAGCGCGCCCACCCUGCCGGGGCAGGUCACCAUCCGCGUGCGCGUGCCCUACCGCGUGGUGGGGCUGGUGGUGGGCCCCAAGGGAGCCACCAUCAAGAGGAUCCAGCAGCAGACCAACACCUACAUCAUCACGCCCAGCCGAGACCGGGACCCCGUCUUCGAGAUCACCGGCGCGCCGGGCAACGUGGAGCGCGCCCGCGAGGAGAUCGAGACGCACAUCGCGGUGAGGACGGGCAAGAUUCUGGAGUACAACAACGAGAACGACUUCCUCUCCAGCAGCCCCGACUCCGGCAUGGAGAACCGCUACUCGGAGGCCUGGCGGGUGCACACGCCGGCGCCGGGCUGCAAGCCCCUGUCCACCUUCCGCCAGAACAGCCUGGGCUGCAUCGGCGACUGCUCCGUUGACCCCGUCUACGAGACCCCCCGGCUGAACGACCAAAACGACUUCAAUUACGGUUACCUCUUCCCCAACUACGGUGUGAACAAGCAGGAUUUGUACUACGGGGUGCCGGAGUCGGGCGCCCCGAUGUGGGCCGGGCAGGAGAACACCAACCCCGUCUCGGUGCUCUUCUCGAAGCAGCAGCGCUCCAGCAGCACCGGCGCCAUCCACCCCAACUCGCACCGCUCGCCCUCCUCGUCCAUCCCCGAGCCCGGCCUGUCCGGGCUGCCGCGGCGGUCGCAAGGGGAGCCCCUGCAGGGCUUCUCCAAGCUGGGCACGCCCGCCGCCGCCCGGACGUCGGUGGGCAGCAGCCGCGAGUGCAUGGUGUGCUUCGAGAGCGAGGUGACGGCCGCGCUGGUGCCCUGCGGCCACAACCUCUUCUGCAUGGAGUGUGCCGUGAGGAUCUGCGAGAGGACUGAUCCCGAGUGCCCCGUCUGCCACGCGGCAGCCACUCAGGCCAUUAGAAUAUUUUCCUAAAAG